CGGGAUGUAGCGUGUAUCCCCGCCCACUCCCCACUCCCCGGGCGGCGGCCUGGAGGCUGAGGCUGGGAUACGUAGUUUGGAGCGUGCGAAUUCCUCAGCGCGAUGCGGCAGUGUGGGGGUUACUGGAAAUGAGGCUGCUGAAGGGGGAUUCGCUGAAGUAAUAUUUUAAAGAUCAGAAGACCGUCUUUUAGGGUCAUGUCGAGCUCGACACUGCUAGAACCAGAGCUGAGAGAGGCGGAGACGAUGGGUGAUGAGACAGCGCGCUUCGAGGAGCUGCUGUUGAAGGCUUCCAGGGAGCUCCAGCAAGCCCAGGCAACCACACCAGAAUCUACACAGAUCCAGCCUCAGCCUGGUUUCUGCAUAAAGACCAACUCAUCGGAAGGGAAAGUUUUCAUCAACAUCUGUCACUCUCCCUCCAUCCCUCCUCCGGCUGACUUGACCGAGGAUGAGCUGCUUCAAAUGCUGGAGGAGGACCAAGCCGGCUUUCGAAUCCCCAUGAGUCUGGGAGAGCCACAUGCUGAACUGGAUGCAAAAGGCCAAGGCUGCACGGCCUACGACAUAGCUGUCAACAGCGACUUCUACCGGAGGAUGCAGAACAGCGAUUUCUUGCGGGAGCUCGUGGUCACCAUCGCCAAGGAGGGCCUUGAGGACAAAUACAGCUUGCAGCUGAAUCCGGAAUGGCGCAUGCUGAAGAACCGGACGUUCCUGGGCUCCAUUUCACAGCAGAACAUCCGCUCCAAGCAGCGUCCUCGGAUCCAGGAGCUGGGGGACCUGCACACGCCUGACUCCCGGGGGCCUAAGGGAGGCCCUGAGAAGCCGCACCUGAGCCUCUGGCUGGAGGCGCCCGACCUCCUCUUGGCUGAAAUUGACCUCCCCAAACUGGAGGGAGCCCUGGGGCUGUCGCUGGAGAUUGGGGAGAACCGCCUGGUGAUGGGGGGCUCCCAGCAGCUGUAUCGCCUGGAUGCCUACAUCCCCCUGCGGGUCAACUCCGAGGAGAGCAAAGCAGCCUUCCACCGGAAGCGCAAGCAACUGAUGGUGGCCAUGCCCCUUCUAUCCGUGCCUUCUUAACCAGCGUGUCUCCCUGCUUGCUCUUGUGAAUGGAGCAGAGGCCGGUGAAUCUUUUUGUGUGUGUGUGUAUCUUUUUGAAACAGGGUCUCACUAGGCAGUUCAGGCUGACCUUGAGCUCACUUUGUAGCCCA